AUGGGGCUCUCGCACCUUCUGCUGGGUGUGGAUGUUGCCAUGGGCUUUGCUGUGGGCAUGGCUGUGGGUGCUGCUCUCGUCAUUGCCGUGGGCACCACCUGCGUUCCCACAACCAUCCCAGGCUGGACCCACGGGCGCCUGGCUGAUUUUGCCCUGUGCCCGCAGGCGCCCGUGGUGGGGCGGCUGGAGCUGAGCGGGGGGCUGAGCCUGGUGGUGGUGGUGCCAUGGGGGCCCCUGGGGGCACUGGGGACCCUGGAGCGGGCACUGGACCCCCUGGCCUUCCUGGGGCUGCUGUGGCGGGCAGCCCGCACCCCUCCCCAGGCCACCGCCCUGGCCCUGCCCCGCAUGCGCCUCGACCUCGCCCUGGACGGGGGGGCCCCGGGCAUCCCCGCGGGGGUGGCACUGAGGACGGGUGCCGCAGACUAUGGGCUGUUCCUGGACGCGGAGCUGUGCGGGCUGGCGCAGGGCCCGGCGGUGGCGGUGGACGCGGCAUGGCACCGUGCGAUCACGUCCCGCCUGGCCGACGUCUUCAACCAGCGUUGCGAGGUGAAUCGCCGCGCCUCAGUGAGCGGCUGUGUCAUCAACACCUGCGGCUGGGUGAAGGGCUCGGGCUACCAGGCGCUGGUGCACGCCGCCUCCGCCUUCGAGGUGGACGUGGUGGUGGUGCUGGAUCAGGAGCGGCUCUACAACGAGCUGAAGAGGGACCUGCCCCACUUUGUGCGCACCGUCCUGCUCCCCAAGUCCGGCGGUGUAGUGGAGCGCUCCAAGGACUUCCGGCGGGAGUGCCGGGAUGACCGCAUCCGGGAGUAUUUCUACGGCUUCCGGGGCUGCUUCUACCCUCACGCCUUUGAUGUCAAGUUCUCUGACGUCAAGAUCUACAAGGUGGGGGCUCCCACCAUCCCGGACUCCUGCCUGCCGUUGGGCAUGUCGCAGGAGGACAACCAGCUGAAGCUGGUGCCGGUGACGCCAGGGCGGGACAUGGUGCACCACCUCCUGAGCGUCAGCACCGCUGACAGCCCUGACGACAACAUCUCGGAGACCAGCGUGGCUGGCUUCAUCGUCGUCACCGGCGUCGACCUGGAGCGCCAGGUCUUCACCGUCCUCUCCCCGGCCCCUCGCCCCCUGCCCAAGAACUUCCUCCUCCUCAUGGACAUUCGCUUCAUGGACCUGAAGUAG